CCGCCCCGAAGCAUAAACGGCAUUUCUUCCCUCUCAACGUUUUCAGUUUCUUGUAGCUGAAACUCAGCUUGUCAGCUCUGAGAUGAGUGCUGCAGAGCCUGCAGAGGCUUUUCUGGGCAUGUUCAGAACCACAGACAGACUGCAGGAAGGUGAGAACGAUAAAAAGCUCCAAGGAAAAUGUCUCAGAAUUGUCUCCCCCAUGUCUCCUGCCUGGCUUUACGGCUGCUAUGCAGUGAUUAUCGUCCUCACUGUAGCUGUGAUUGCACUUUCUGUUGCUCUGUCAUUGUCGGGAGAAAAGCCAGAACAGGUCUCAGUCAAAAAUACCUAUGCUGUUUGUCCAAGAGACUGGAUUGGUUUUGGGAGUAAAUGUUUUUAUUUUUCUGAAGACACAAGCAACUGGACAUUCAGUAAGGAAAUCUGCAUGAAACAAAAGGCUCAGCUAUCUCAAUUUGACAACAUGGAGGAACUGAAUUUCCUGAGGAGAUACAAAGGGACCUUUGACUACUGGAUCGGCCUGCACAGAGAGUCACCAAAGCACACUUGGAGGUGGAUAGAUCACACAGAGUAUAACAGCUUGGUUCCCAUCCGAGGAGUGGAAGACUAUGCCUACCUGAACAACAACGGGAUCAGCAGUGCCAGGAUCUAUGCAGACAGGAGAUGGAUCUGUAGCAUGCCCAACAGCUAUAUCCUCGAAUGCCAAGUUCCUUUUGCCUCUUUCUAGUCUUUGUCAAGAGAUGCUUUGCAACCUAAUAUCUACAGUUGCUGCUCUAUCCCCUGUUUGCCAACAGUGUUAUAAAAAAAAAUUGACUGCCAACUGGGUCACAAGAGCAUCCAGGCAUCUUGCAGCCUCCCUGAUGACAAUAGGUCUCAGAGCGCUCCUGGGACAGCAAGUAUUUGGCAAGAGGUGGUAUGUACCCUACAGGAUCAAACAUUCAGCCAAGAUUGAAAUCUUCACAUAAGCAUAGACAAGCAUGUCCAUCUAAAAAAAAAGAAUUGAGAAUAUUUCUUUACAUCCAAAUGAGAAACAUAUUGGAGAACUGCACAACCAGGGGUUUAGAAGAACAUAGAUCAGAUUGAAAUACUUGUUAGCACUCAUACCUUAAGCCAAAAGUACAGUUAAUGUUAGUGAACCCUACUUUUAUGAAAUGACGUUUUUGUUCAGAUAUCCCUCCUUUUAAAUUUAUUGCAAUUGCCCUUGGACUUUAAUAAUUCAAAAACAGUUGGACAGUGAUGAUACCCGCCUUUAACCCCAGCACUCAGGAGGCAGAGGCAGGUGGAUCUCUGAGUUUGAGACCAGCCUGGUCUAUAGAGCUGUUCUAAGAGUGAUAGGGCUGUUGCCCAGAGAAAUUCUGUGUCAUAAACCAAAACCAAAAAUCUAAAAAAAUAAAAAUAAAUAAAAAUAAAAAAGAAGAAGGAAAGAAAAGCAGCAGGGAAUAGUGUCAAAAGUCUUUAAUCCCAGCACUCAGGAGCGAUAAGCAGGUGAAUCUCUGUGAGUUUGAAGCCAGCUUGGUCUACAAAGUAAGUUCUAGGACAACCAAAACUACACUUAAGCAUCCUGUUUCAGGGGAAAAAAAAGGAAAAGAAGAGAUGAAAAGCAGAAGGGCUGGUUUUUUUAGAAAAUUACUUGUGUUUUCCGAAAAGUAAAAGCAUGUACUCCCAAAUCCAAUUCAGUUACUUAGGCAAGCAGAAUGGGUAUUUUUGAUUGGGACCUAUAAUUAAUUACACCUGUAACUCCAGGUACUUAAGGAUUGAAACAGGAGGGUCACAGAUUCACACGUGGGAUCUGAAAGUAUGAGAAUACUAAUGAUAAGGAAGAUGAGAAUCCAUUUGACCAUCCUGUAAUUUGGGGACACACACUAAAUAUUCUUUUCAAAAGUCGUUCCAACAUGCUGAAGAAUUAAAAAAGUAUUUAACACUAAGAUUUACUUCAUACUUUCCAAUUUAAAACAUUAAGGACAUUGUCAAAUUGUUUCUCUAUUUUAGUUUUCAAUGUUUCUGUUUCCAAUUAUUCUCUUCUAAGUACGUCUUAAAAACAAAUGCCAUAUUGUUUAAUGGUUUGCUUGGAUUUAUUUCACAUCAAAGGGGAGUUACACUCCUCAGGCAUUCAAGACUUAAUCUCUCAGUAGUGUGUGUACUAUUGGCUCCUAAAAUCAAGGUAUUUAAAAUCUUUGUAGAGCAGCUACACUGUACUGAUGAGUCCCAAAAAGGACGAAAUAGCAGGUUGCGAAGUAUCUCUUGAACUCUUCAUCUCCUCCUUUCCUCCUUGUUCUAUUCAAAAAAUACUUUUAUAUCUACUUCCUUUUGUAUCUAUUACUUGUGCUUAAGGAUAUAUAUAUAUCCAUAUAUAUAUACUGUCUGGACUGACACAGCUCAGAAGGAAUGAGCUCUCCGGAACUGAACUGAUAAAUGUGCACCACCUGAGCUGGCAGAGAUCAGAAGGCAUCAUCACCCUGAAACUGGACAUGUAAACUCAUGUUGGUUUUGGGAAUGGAUCAAUAGGGACAGCACAGACAAUGAUGGGUAAUGUCAUUCCCUGGACUGGUGGAACUGGGUUCUGUAAAAAAAAGUAGUCUAAGCAAUCCAGGGGGGAGCAAGACAAUAAAAAGCAUUCCUCUGUGCCUUUGCAUCAGUUCCUGCCUUCAGGAUCUUGCCCUGUUUCAUUUCCUAUCCUGACUUUCUUCAAUGGUGGACUAUAAUGAGGAAGUACAAGCCAAAUAAAUCCUUUCCUCCCCAAUUUGCUUUUUGUCAUUGUGUUUUGUUGCAGCAAUAGAAGCACUAUCAAAAGUCCUUUGGGUAAAUCUCCAGAGUGGCAGAGCUGGUCCAUGUAGUAGCUCUAUUUCUAGCUUAUCCAGGAAACUCCACAUGGAUUUUCAUUGUAACUACACCAGAUUUCAAUUCACCAUCAGUGUCAUUUAUUGUCUUUUGAGAUUAGCCAUUUUACCUAGGAUGAGAUGAGAAACUUCAAAGUAGUUUUAAUUUCCAUUUACUAAGUAUGUAAAAUAUUUUUUAGAAAUGUUCCUCAGCUAUUUGUAUUUUAUCUUUAAAGUACCUAGAUAAAGGUUGUUUGUUCUUUGGUAUUUAAUUUUUUGAAUUCUUAUAAUAAAAUAUGUGGUCAAUGAA